CAUCAAAGAGGAGCUCAGAAGAAACAUGAAGUCACAUGACUGUGCGGAAGUAGGAGGCAGAAAAGCAAAAUGGCAGAAGGAGGUGGAGGUGAUCAAGGAAAUUCAGUGGAUCCGAUUGUGGAAGUGGGAGCUGUGUUGUUAAAGGAUUUCAUCUACGAGCGGAUUCGGCGGCACGUGGACGGUGAUGCCGUAGUGAGCAGGGAAGAGCUGGAUGCAACGGAGCUAUGUGACCCAAACCAUAAGAAGCUCGCUCAGUGCCUCCAGCAGAUUGGAGAUGAGCUGGAUGGAAAUAUGGAGCUACAAAGGAUGAUAGAGGACUCUGCCCUCAGCCCAUCAAAAGACGUGUUCAUGAAAGUCGCCUUUCAGAUCUUUUCUGACGGUAGAUUCAACUGGGGCCGGGUGGUCGCGCUCUUUUACUUCGCUUGUCGACUCGUCAUAAAAGCCCUUAUAACCAAAAUUCCUGAAAUCAUCAGAACAAUAAUCAACUGGACCAUAGACUACCUCCGGGAUCAUGUGAUCAACUGGAUAAGGGAGCAAGGUGGCUGGGAGGGUAUUUGUUCCUACUUCGGCACACCCACAUGGCAGACGUUGGGGGUUUUCCUGGCUGGUGUUCUUACCACUGUUAUAGUCAUUCGCCAGAUGUGAGGAGCAGGGAGGAGAAAGAUGGGAAGAGCUAUGACUGAGGGAACAGGAACGAAAAGAUGAUCGGAGGGUCAACAGAAACAAGUUGAGGCAGAGUAAAAAAAAAAAGCUGAGCUAGAGGAACUCGUACAUGGAGAACCACAGUUCCUGUGAAACUGGGAGUUGGACUGGAGAAGCGCUGUUGUACCUGUGACCAUUGUGCCGCUGAGGAGGAGAGCUGUGCAUGAUAAUGCACAAAAUCAGAAGGAUGGGGAGGAUUUAGAUUUUAAUAAAGAAGUAAUUUUGCAUAAUUUAUUUUUUAAGUGGUACAAAGUCACUGCACUCUGUUUUUAACCCUAAAACUAAAUUUCAGCUGGAUGAAGAGGGUUGUCUCUGUUAUUUUAGUUGUAGUGCUCUUUGUUUCUUUUUCAUUUUCAUCAUCAUGUCUGUAUGCUAGCCAGUUUUCAUUCAUACGUAUUUAUGAGUAGUCCCUGAUGGGAAUCUUCAACAAACUGCCGGCUACGGACGAAUUAGAUGGUGGUCACGUUGAGUCGAUUUAAUGUAAUGUUUUUGCAAACAAUUAAGUUGACUAAAAAGUUCCAAGUCCGUUCAACCAAGUAUAACCAUUAGGUUUAAGCCCAGUUCUUUCAUCUCCCUGUCCUGUCAUGAAUCCACAGCUUCUUAUUAUUUCAGGGACUAACAAAGAGUGCCUAAUCAGUAAAUUGUGCUCCGUUUGUUUACAUUUGAAAUGAAAUGAAAUAUCGAACUGUUGUUAGACUCACUAAAAAUGGCUAGAUAAAUUUAAACCUUUACUGUUUUGGGGUGUUUGGAAAGCCGUUACGACCUUAAUGUGACUCCUCUUAAUAUAUAUAUAUAUAUAUAUAUAUAUAUAUAUAUAAAUAAAAGAAAUUGGGUCUGUUUUGUAUUUCCAAAUCAAGCCAUGUGUCAUGAGCCAACAGUUGCUUUGACUUACGAACAAAGUUGCACUGCGUACACAGAAAGCAGUAGGCUGCUUACCUCACUUUUGACACGUUCAGAGUACUGUAUUUUUGCGACAGUUAUUCAAACUGCUGCAACAUCGCGCAGCAAAAGGGUUUUUUAUACAUUUUCCUUGUUUGUCAGUGCCUUGGUGUUUGCUUUUUUUUUUUUUUUUUACAAUGAAGUCACUUUGAUGUUUCUAAGUCUACAACUUUUCUAUAUGGGUGAAAAUUGUCUCAAGGUUCCCAUGAAAACAUUUUUGCAGUGACUUGUUAUGUUGUGAUGAGGAGAAUAAAUCUUUUAAACUCUC